AACACAGCAGAAACACUGAUAUGUCUGCUGCCACUAGUCUGCUGUCUGAAGAUCAGUUUUUGUGCCCCAUCUGUCUGGAUGUGUUCACUGAUCCAGUCAGUACACCAUGUGGACACAACUUCUGCAAAAACUGCAUCAGUGAACACUGGAAUAUUGCUGUCCAAUGCCAGUGUCCCAUCUGUAAAAAGCUUUUCUACACAAAACCUGAACUGCAGGUCAACAUUUUCAUCUCUGAGAUGGUUGAUCGGUUCAGACAGUCAGCUCAACAGAGAGCCAGCAGCAGCAGAUCAGAGCAACAAGCUGCCAAACCAGGAGAAGUUCCCUGUGAUGUCUGCACUGGAACCAAACUGAAGGCUGUGAAGUCCUGUUUGGUGUGUCUGGUGUCCUACUGUGAGAAUCACCUGGAGCCUCAUCUGACAGCAUCAGGUCUGAAAAGACAUGAGCUGAUCAAUCCUGUAGAGAACCUGGAAGGCAGGAUGUGUAUGAAGCACAAUAAAGCUCUGGAGUUGUUCUGCAAGGAUGAUCAGACAUGUGUCUGUAUGCUCUGCACUAUUUUAGACCAUAAGACACAUAAUGUUGUUCCUCUGAAAGAGGAAUAUGGAGAAAAGAAGGCCGAGCUGGUGAAGACAGAGGCUGAGAUUCAGCAGAUGAUCCAGAAGAGACGACUGAAAAUUCAAGAGAUCAAACAAUCCGUCAAGCUCAGCAAGGAAAAUGCAGACAAAGAGAUAGCAGAAGAUGUUCAGGCCUUUACCAAACUGAAGGAGUCAGUUGAGAAAUACCAGGCCAGAGUCAUCACAGUUACUAAAGAGAAGCAGAAAAGGACAGAGAAACAGGCUGAAGGAUUCAUCAAAGAGCUGGAGCAGGAAAUCUCUGAGCUGAAGAAGAGGAGUUCUGAGCUGGAGAAGCUCUCACACUCUGAAGACCACUUCAACCUCCUCCAAAGCUUCCCGUCCCUGAACGCUGCUCCAUCCACCAAAGACUGGACAGAAAUAAGAGUCUAUCCACCAUCAUAUGAUGGGACUAUUAAGAAAGCGUUGGCCCAACUGGUGGAGAGACUGAAGAAAAUGUUCACAAAGGCUGAGCUGAUGUGGGUCCAGCAAUAUGCAGUGGAUGUGACACUUGAUCCUGAUACAGCAAAUCCAAAACUCAUCCUGUCUGAUGAUGGGAAACAAGCCCAUCAUGUUGAUGCAAAGAAGAAUCUCCCAGACAACCCAGAGAGAUUUUCUAUUGGUGCCUGUGUCUUAGGGAAGCAGAUUGUUUCUUCUGGAAGAAUUUACUUUGAGGUUCAGGUUAAAGGAAAGUCUGAUUGGGUUUUAGGAGUUGCCAGAGAGUCAAUCAACAGGAAGGGGAGAAUCACAAUUAGCUGUGAGAAUGGUUACUGGACUGUAGAUUUUAGGAAUGAAGAGCAUUUUGUUUUUGCUGACAGUCCAGUCCAUCUCCCUCGGAAGUCAAAGCUUGAGAAGGUUGGGGUGUUUGUAGAUUAUGAGGAGGGUCUAGUCUCCUUUUAUGAUGUUGAUGCUUCAGCUCUUAUCUACUCCUAUACCGGCUGCUCUUUCAAUGAGAAACUCCUCCCAUUCUUCUGUCCCUGUCUUAAUCAGGGCGGUAAAAACUCCACCCCUCUGAUCAUCUCCCCUGUCCACCACACUGAGUAGAAAAACCAUUUGAUUUCCUUGAUUUGAUUUCACUGUUACUUAAUGUAGGAAAUCUCCAUGGUUAGUGGUAAUGUACAGUGUGUUCUUGUUUUCUGCAGAUUCUAGUUGUUGUAGAUGUUUGCCCUCUUUAUUAUAUAUCCCAUUUCUACUUACUACCGCAACACAGUAAUUUCACCAUGAAUAAUUUGUUUGAUUUUAUGUAAUGUUGUUUAUUCUGUUCUAAUAAGUGUAAUACCUGUCUUCAAAUGUCAAACAUCACAACAAUGUAAAUAGAAAAGGUUUUGCAUGUGUGGGUUUAGAAAAUGGCUGUUAUAGUCCAAUAGUUACAGGGCCUAGCUCAAGAGUUUUUGGUAACACUUAAGAUUACAAACUACAGAAUAAUUGCAUAGACUAAAUAAGACAUUAUCCCUGGUUAUGCUGCACUUAUUUUGAUCCUUUAAAAAAUGUUAUGGGAAUGCAAAUCUAAAUCGGUGGGUGGAAUACUCUUUUAAUGGGACUGAAAGUUAUCUGACUAAAUUAAGUCCAACUGAAAUGAGCAAAACAUUUCUCUUUAGUGAGAAAAAUGUCAUGGACUCAUGGUUUUUGGACUCUCUGUUUUUGAUCUCUUGGUCUCCUAUGUUUUUGAAGUGUCCAGCCACUUCUAAAAAAAAACCUGGCCUUGAUCCAGCUGUUUUAAACAAUUUCAGACCCAUCUCAAAAUUGCCUUUCAUUUCCAAAAUACUGGAAAAACUUGUUGCUGAGCAGUUUCUCCAAGUUGUGGAAAGAAAUAUUAUCUUUGAUAAAUUUCAAUCUGGUUUUCGUCAAAACCAUAGUACUGAGACUGCUCUGUUCAGAGUCAUGAAUGACAUCCUCAUGCAGGCUGAUACGGGGGAACUCUCCAUCUUGGUCUUACUUGACUUGAGCGCUGCCUUUGACUAAAUACAUGUGUUGGUAUCUCAGGGAAAGCUCUAGAAUGUUUUAUGUCAUAUUUGUCAAAUAAAAGUUUUUCUGUCUCUAUGGGUAACUAUGUGUCCUCAUCCACUCCGCUGCUAUAUGGGGUGCCCCAGGGGUCAAUACUUGGUCCAAUUCUUUUCUCUUUGUAUGUGCUGCUCUUGGGCCAGAUAAUCACUUUGGUUGUAUAUCCUAUCAUUGCUAUGCAGAUGACACUCAGCUAUAUUUUUCUGUAAAACCAAAUGAUUUUAGCAACCUAAACACUCUCCACAGCUGUUUAGCUGCGAUAAAGGACUGGAUGUCUGUCAACUUUCAUCAGUUAAAUUCUGACAAAGCUGAGCUUCUUAUUUUUGGCCCCGAAAAUACUGCUAAAGGCAUCAUUCAGCAUAUUGGCCCACUUGCCCCCUAUGUCAAAACUAACGCCAGGAAUCUUGGUGUUAUAUUUGACCCUAAAUUGAAAUUUGAACACCAUGUCAAUAAAAUGGUUAAAUCCUGCUUUUUUCAACUUCGGAACAUUGCAAAAAUCAGACCAUUACUGUCAGCCUCUGACCUAGAGCAUAUCAUUCAUGCCAUCAUUUUUUCCCGUCUCGAUUACUGUAACUCCCUUUUCACUUGCCUUAGCCAAGCUGACCUGUCACGUCUUCAGCUUGCACGAAAUGCAGCAGCAAGGCUAUUAACUAGGACUGGCCACGGAUUCCACAUCACUCCUGUUUUAGCCUCACUGCAUUGGCUGCCAGUGAAGUUCAGGAUUGAUUUCAAGAUUCUCUUAAUCACUUAUAAGGCCUUACACGGUUUAGCUCCUGCAUAUAUAUCCAAGCUACUAAGCCCAUAUACUACCAUGCGGUCACUUAGGUCUUCCAACCAAAACCUGUUGGCCGUACCACGUGCCAAACUAAAAAACCAAGGCGACUGUGCUUUUGUUGCCCUGGCACCCAGACUUUGGAACAAUCUCCUCACUUCCAUCAGAUCAGCUGAAUCUGUUGACUGUUUCAAAAAACACCUAAAAGCCUCCUUUUUUUUAGAAUGGCUUUCUCAUAACAUUUCAUAAAUUCAAGUGUGUGCUCUGGGUGAUGACUGUAUGCUUGCUGUGUUCGUAUGUGUGAGAUGUCUGUAUGUGUUCUUGAAUAUGUCUUUCAUGGUUUUUGUGUCCUAUUUUCUUUGUGUCCCAAUAUCACUGUAAAGCACUUUGUAACUGUACUAUCUGUACUAUGUUACACUUCUGUUUCCCAGUCCUUUUGGUCAUUUGAUUUUGCUUGUUCAUAUUAUUUGUGUUGUACCUUUAAAGGACUGUCUUGUAUUUCUGAUUAGCUCAUAGUGUUGUGUACUUGAGUUUAUAUUCAUGUAUCUUCCUGGACAGGUUAAUAUAGACUGGUUUGUAUCAAGAGGUUUGUGUUCUGUUUGCUUUGUGUAUUCCUGCACUCCUCCCAAGCCUGUU